AUGCUGAAGUCAACGAUAGUUGAUCCGCGGGUGCGCCUUGUGCCGUCGAAGAAGCUGCUUGACUUUCUGGACGCCCAAAAGAAGCACUUAAAGGAGUUGCCCGAAAAUGUGGCAAAGAUUAUGAAGCAAAAAGGCCACACACUGCCCACCUCUACUAGGAUUAUCAAGGAUGCGGGCUUGGAGUAUAAACGUCCAAAACUCAAUUACGAUCUGCUGACAAAACUAACUGAAAACCUAGCCGACACACCCGAAGAACCUGCUAAGGAUCCAUCGGAACCAGAUUCAGAGGUCAAGGAUAGUGAUGACGCGAAGUCACCAAGGGAGGUUAAACAUUUCCUGUACUUAACCGACCUGCACUGGCUCUCCAAAACACUGGCUGAACUGCGUCGUCAGGAUCACUGCCAAGUCUUUCUGCAUCAGCUGAUUGAGACCUGUGAUCUGCUCCUGCCCGAAAACGAAAUGAAGCCGCGCAAUCCUGAGCUAGAAGCCCGCUGCCAACGUCUUCGCGCAGAGCAGCAAAAUCGGGAUUACCUGAAAAUGACCAAGAAUGUGGAUGCCGGCUUAAAACACUAUCCAGAGGACACUAUCAGCUAUCAGAUUAAGAGCCUUAACAAGCAAAUCAUUGCCGUGGUGCAGUUCAUCUUCUCCGUGGCCGCUGGCUUUACGUUCGGCUUUUUCGGCGUCAAUUUGAUGGUGGGCCCGCUGCCUUUCGGCUUUCGCAUUUUGCUGGGCGUGAUUGUAGCGCUCAUCAUAGCCCUGGCUGAGAUGUACUUCCUGGCCAAGAAGCUGCACGAGUACGAUGAGGUCCUGGACGCGCCCAAACGUAAGCCGCAGCCAUCGACGCCGGCUAAGCGCGCCCCGCCCGCCGAAGGGAGUCAAGUCCAGACAUUGAAACCCCAUGCUGACUAGAUAGAUGUUCCGGGACUCAAAAUCGUUCUUUGUCGUUGUAUUGUAUUAUUUCGCUUUGCAAUGUUAGGUUAUAUAAAUAGCUGUAAAAGUUUUA